GUUCUCUUGAUUUUGAUUGGUUCAUGUGAAAGAAGAGGAAAAAUUAAAACGGACGUUUGAGCCAGCCACGGAAAAGGUCUGCUUGAGGAUUCGUUACUAGCAGCUUUGCCUAGGCUAGCUAAGAUGGCAGAGGUAGGAGAGCCUCAGAUCACACCAGAAACACCAGGCAGACCAGCAAUCCUCAACCCCUUUGAGAGCCCAAAUGACUACCACCGCUUGCACGAACCAUUCGUACCAAGCCCUUCCAUCUUUCGGAGCUCUUGUGCCUCUGCUACGCCAGCAAAGUUCAAGUGGUCCAUAGAUGAAAUGUCAAACUUGCUCCCAGUAGAAAUCGACCCAGAGGACAUAAAUAGACAAUCCUUCUACUUGAGCCAAACAAGGACAGACUCUGAAAUCGAACAGAAACGACAGUAUGCAAUUGAACAGUUUUUCACCAAAGGCGCUAUUGUUCCCUCCCCAUGGGCAGCCCCAGCAAGCACACAGAAGCAUCAUGGGAAGGGUUAUUUUUCACACAUCACUGAUGAGCCAGAACCAUCCAGAAAAACAAAUGCAACAUGUCAGACAAUCCUUUCUUUACCUGUGGACUUUGAUCUUGAGAAAGUAUUAGGAGGACACUUCAAAGUUGAGGAGGUAUCUGAGCAGGUUCAGGAUACGCUGAGCUCCUCCUCCCUCCGUCGGAAACUCUUCCUUGACGGACACGGCAGUGGAUCAGACUCUUCAAAUCCCCCAAGUCCAGAGAGGGGCCCGUAUGUGGCAAACCCCAGUGGUAAAGAGGCUAUGUCCCCAAGCCUCAUGUCACCCCUGCAGUGUGACGUGCCCAUCCAGACCUCUUCAACGGGCCAGUUUUCAUCGAGUCCCAUCCAAGGUAGAUUUCGUAACUACAGCAUGGGCAGUGUCACAAGUCCUAUGUUCCCUGACCGCUCCUCUCCCACGUUCAAAUCCCCUACUCUGUCACCCAUCGGUCUCCAACAAGCUGAGACUCCACUGUCAGGUGAGCGGAAGUGUCUGACAUUCCUCACUCCUGAAGGCAUUCCACUGAGCAGCUCAGACAUGGAGGUCCGUUGCCGUGGCGACGGCCCCUACGUGGAGGGCUGCUCCCCAAUUCGUAGCUGCUCACCCCUCAGGCCCCGCCACCGGGCCCGGGUCUGGGGGUCCCCCAUCCACCUUUCCCCCAUCUCCCCCAUCCUCAGCACCAUCCGGCAGUCUGCAGAUCCCCCACACCACGCCAUGGAGCUGGAUUGCAGCUCACCCCGAACUGAGGUGGCCCUUCCUGGGCACAUAGUCUCCCCUCAGCCAGCCUCUGAGCUGAUGGAGCAGGAAGAGGACACGAGAGAGUCAGCCAGGCAGGGGGACACGGUAGAUGCAACUGACAGGUGUGGAAAGGAGCAACUGGACUGUGGCUGGACCAAAGAGCUUCAGGAAGAGGUGGAGGAUAAAGAGGAGGAGGAGGAGGAGGAGGAGGAGGGAGGAAACAGUUUGUCUGUGCCCAAACGUCUCACCAGCUCGUGGACAGGCAGCUUGUCCAAAGGAGAGAGCCUGCAUAUGUUUACGUCACUUCUGGCCGAGGGCAGUCUCAUCCCAACAGACGGGAGCAUGCAGGUGGACAGUGGCUAUAACACAUAUUGGACGGGCACAACCAGCCUCAUGGAGGGGAUCAGUUGUGACAGCCAGAGUAAGGAGGUGUUGGAUGCACACAUACCUGAGGAGGGCCAGCUGUACACUAAGUUCAUGAAAUCAAAGAUUGUUCUACCACACCACUGAUCUGCAGGGAGGGGGCGGGGGGGGAGUCCUGCACUUGUGAGAUGCACAACCCUAUACUUGAGUUGUCUGUGACACAGGCAAACAGCAUUUCUUGCACAGGUGCCUUGACUUGACAAGUUAAUAGUUUGAACAGUAGCUCAUGACUGAGCCAAAUUGUUGAAUGACUUGAGAUGGUAUGAGAGCUUGGAUAGUGUACACUAGUGCUGUGAUGUGUACACUUAUCAAGAGUUUUUUUUUUUAUAUGGGCUUAGAUAUUUGAACCUUUAAAAAUGUAUUGUAUAAAUGGGAUUUGGGAGAAUUUUUUACUUAUUUAUGGUUUCUUGCUGUUGGACCCCAAAUCAGAACCACUAAUUGUCCUAUGGAAUACUACUUUGUAUUGUAAAUGAAUUUGCCUUGGAAAUCAUAUGUGACAAUUUUUUUUUAUGUGAUUGCAAUAAAGUAAAGGAGAUGAUCUGGAUUUUUGCU